UCAGAAUGAACCAGACUUUGGGACUCUUAAAAAAUAAAACUCAUACUUUAAACUCUUUUAAAGAAAAUCUAAGGUUUAAACCUAAUCAAAUCAAAGGGUCAAAGUAAUCUAACCCAUUAAGUAAUAUUCUUAAAUUGAUUAUACUAAAGAACCUAACUCUUUAUUACUAAAUUCUUAAAACAACUCUGCAGUGUCUACAGAUGCAAAUAUUUCAAUAGAAAUGUAAUCUUCCACCUUUGGACUUCCAACUGGAUGGGCCUAGCACUAUUAUAAUACAUUUGAAAAUAUAAGACAAAUUAAGGAAAUAAGUAUUUGAUAUUAUUAAAUUUUAUUAGUCAAAGAAUUGUAAAUCUUGGGUACUAAAAAAGUUAAGAUUUAAUUUGGUGAUACUAGUCAGAUAGAAAAAUCAAUUUUUGAAAAAAACUAAAUUGCUACAACAGUAUAUACUUUAUUUUAACUUUAAGAAAAUCAUUGAAUGCGAAAAAAACAUUUAAACCAUUUAAAUGUAUAAAAGCAACCUAGAAUCCCACAGUGAAAGAAGAAGUAAGUACAGCAUAUUAUCAUUUAAGUAAGAGAAAAUAUCAGUACAGCAUUGUCUUAGCAAAUAUCAGAAGCAGCAUAUCUAUUGAGAAAUUAAUAGAAAAGAAUGGUAAACUUGAUUAAAUCAGUUUCCUUAGAUUAAAAUUGUAAAAUUCAUUAAUUAUUAUAAUAGAAAAUUUUUUAAAUACAAAGGAUGAAAAGUAAAUUGAAUUUAAGCAGAACAAUAUUUUAACCUAAUAGGAAGAGGAAGUCUAUUAAUAAAUCCAAUAAGAAAAGUAUAUGAAGUUGUUAUUGAAAUAGUGAUUAAGAGAUAAAUAAAUUGGUUAGGAUGAUUAAUGACUUAGCAUAAGUUUUUCAAUCUCUGAAUUAACUAGUUUUAGAACAAGGUCAUCUUCUUGAUCGAAUUGAUGAAAAUAUAGAUUAAUCAUAUAAGAAUAUAAAAAAAGCAAACCAAGAACUUCGUGAAGUAAUAUUUUCUAGUAUAUCUUAGAGUGAAAAAAAUUAAAAUUCUCCUUUAGCAAAUAAAUGUAUUAAAAUACUAUUAGGGCUUAUUGCAGUUUGUAGUCUACUUUUAGUAAUAAAAUAUUCAAGUUGA